CUGGCUUCUGGCCCUAGGUGCUGGUCUCUGCAGCACCCAGGCUCCUCACGGUGUGCCCUCUUCUCAGGUUGCCUCUGAGCAGAGGAACCUGGGGGGCCGUGGGGAGGGGAGGAAUAUCUGCUUCGCUCUAGAGGAGCCCAGGACACCGCAGGAGAAUGGGUGGGAGGUCCUCAAGCCCCCUGGACAAGCGGCAGCAGCAGCACCUGAGGGGUGGCCUGAUUCAGGCACCUCACUGUCUCCUUAUUCCUGCAGGCCAGGUGGAUGCCUUGCUGAGGAACUUCCUGCCCCUAUACCGCGGGCAGCUGGCAGCCUCCAUCCUGAAGCAGAUCUCCCGGGAGCUGGGUCCCCAGGAGCUGGCUGGAUGUCAAUUGCUACAUAGCAAAAAGUUGCCCCGAGUCCGAGAGCACCGAGGGCCCCUAACCCAGCUUUGGGGCCACCCGCCCCAGUGGCAGCCAGUUUUCUGUGUCCUGCGUGGGGAUGGCCGCCUGGAAUGGUUCAGCCACAGGGAGGAAUAUGAAAAUGGGGGCCGUCCCCUGGGCUCCACAGCCCUGACGGGGUACACAAUCCUGACUUCCCAGCGUGAAUAUCUCCGCCGGUUAGAUGCUCUCUGCCCAGACUCCUCAGGAGACCAUACACAGGAAGAGCCUGACCCCCUCUUGGAAAUGCCUGUGAACUUCCCCCUGUUCCUGCAGCACCCCUUCCGAAGGCAUCUCUGUUUCUCUGCAGCCACAGGGGAGGCACAGCGUGCCUGGAGGCUAGCCCUGCAGGGUGGCAUCCGGCUUCGUGGCACAGUCUUGCAGCGAAGUCAGGCCCCAGCUGCCCUCGCCUUCCUGGACGCCAUACGGCUUUACCGGCAGCACCAAGGCCACUUUGGCCAUGACGACGUGACGCUGGGCUCGGACGCCGAGGUGCUGACCACAGUGCUGAUGAGGGAGCUGCUUCCGGAGCUGCGAGCCCAGACCCUGCCCGGUUUGCGGGGGGCCGGCCGAGCCCGGGCCUGGGCCUGGACAGAGCUCCUGGAUGCCGUUGACGCCGUCGUCCUGGCUGCGGCCUCCGCGGGGCUCCGCGCCUUCCAGAACGAAAAGGACGAGCUGCUUGCGGCCCUAGAAAGGACGAUCCGCCCGGACGUGGACCAGAUGCUGCGGCAGCGGGCGCGCGUGGCAGGAAGGCUGCGUGGGUCUCCCCGCCACCCCAUUUGUGGAGCACCUUGCAGAGGAGACCCAGGCCAGUGUCUUCCACUCUCAGCCGAGGUCCAGGGCCCCCUAGAGUCGUGCCUGCACAGGAAGGUGGAUGUGCAGCUGCCCCGGGUCACGCAAACGCUGCUGAACACAGUGGAAGCCGCGCUUGUGGCUGUGCAGGCCCUCCUAGCCCAAGGCAUGGACCGCCUGUCUCGCCACCUGCGUGGGAAACCCUCGGGCGUGCGGUUGCGGAAAGAGGUUUACUCAUUUGGGGAGAUGCCAUGGGACCCAGAGCUGAUGCAGACCAGCUACCGAGAGGCUGAGAGGAGCCAGGGGCGCCUGAGGCAGCUGGUGGCACCGUUUGGCUUCCUUGGAACGCAAAGUGUGGUGUUUGGGGCUCAGGAUCUUGCACAGCAGGUGAGGCUCAUGGCCGACGCUGUGACCACCUUCCUGCAGCUGGCUGACCAGUGUCUGACCACAGCCCUGGACUGCAACCAGGCUGCUCAGCAGCUGGAAAAAGUCAGGGGGCGUGUGCUGAAGAAGUUCCAGUCAGACAGUGGCUCAGCUCAGAAGAGAUUCAUCCGCAGGUGGCAGAUCUGCAUUUUUUUGCCAUUUGUGCUGAGCCAGCUGGAGCCAAGCUGCAAAGCGGGGCUGCCUGAGUUUGAAGGGGAUGUCCUUGCUGUGGGCAGCCCAGCCCUGACCAUUGAGGGCAUCUAUGAGGAUGUCAUUCAGGGGGUCCUGCUGCAGAGGAUCGAUAGAGAAUUGAAAAAGGCCCUCGGUGCCAGCGAUGUAUCCUGUGCUCUGGAUGGCUGCUCAGAGGCCCCAUGGGACCAGGAGGGAGCAGAUGAAGAAACUGAGGCUCAGAGAGGGACUUUCUCCAGGCAGCCAGGCUCCUGCACUGAGGUCCAGCCACUCUGCCUACUGCCGUCUCCAGGGACAUUACGGAGUUGAAUCUUUGCUCACAUCCAUCUUCAUUAUCAAUGGAUAAAUGUCUACUGGUGGAAUUUCUGAGUCAUAUGCACCAUUUCAAGGCUUUUAUAACCCCCUCACCUCCACCUCACUCGUUUUCAGAAGCGCUGAGCCUUUUUACGCUUCCACUAGCAGUAUUUGUGCUUAUUCUCCAUAUCCCUUCCAAACACUAGGAAUUUUCAUAAAAGAAAAGUCCAUUUGAUAGGCACUCACCCAUUUCUUUUUUUUUUUCAUUUUGAGUUUCUUUGAUGACUAAAGUGAACCUAAAAAUAUGUUUAUUGGCCAUUAAUAUGUUUGUGGGAUUUUUAAACAUUGAAUUGCCUGUUCAUGGUUUUACCUACUUUUUCCUUCAGGAGAUUUUUAUCUUUUGCUUAUUGAUCUCUAAUAACUUUUUGUAUAUUAAGGAUAUUAAUGCUUUUUUAUCCAGGUUACAGAUAUUUUUUCUCAGCUUGCUGUGGGCCUUUUGGGUUUGUUUACUCGCACCAAAUCUUAACUUGGUAUCAAGUCAAGAGAGCUUUUACUGACUUCCCUUGGCUUGCCAGAAAAGUCAUCUGUCCUCUCCAGUUUGGCAGCUCCUCCACAUCACAAGCCUUCCGGCUGCUUCCGGAGCAUGUUCCGGAGGGAUUUCCCCAAUGUGCGUCUCGGUUCAGCUUUCAGAAGGGGACCCGCACCCUCCAUGGAGAUGGUUUCCUCCCAUUUUUGUCCUGGAGUUUUCAGCCUCCCACAAGAGAGUAAGAUUUUCCUCACGUUUCCUGACUUUUUUCCCCUCCGCCUCCGUCUUCUGAAAUACAUUUGCCUGUCACAGCCUAGUCUAGCUGGUUUCUUCUGACCCAGGAUGUAGAUGUCAUUCUGGAAAAAUUGCAGCAAUGAGAAUUGUCACCCUGCCCACUUGGAGAAAAUCACUGUUUGCCCUGGGGUCUAAAUCCUUGCAGUCUUUUCUCAGUGUAUCAGGGGACUAGAUGUGUUUGUUACCCUGUUUUUCUUGAUUAAUAUGAAAGAUUUUUCCUUGCCAGGUCCAUAGAGUGUACAUUUGUUUUUGCCUUUUUAUUAUGGAAAAUUUCAAACAUGCCCCAAAAGCAGAGACGUCCUGUGCCCCUAUCGGCAGUGACCAAGUUUGGCCCUAUCCCUUUCCUCCACUCAGAAUCAAUUACAUAACCAGUAAAGAUUGGGCUGCAUUUCUGAAAUAUUCAGCCAAAAAUUUAACUUGUGCAGAUAAUUGCCGUAAAAAACAAAAUCAGAAAACAGAAACAAAGGAGAGAAAAGUAAUUGGAGGAAGGGGAUGGACAGGGGAAGAGCGUGAAGAGAAGGAACAGUAUCACCUGACCCCAUAGAUAUGUGGGAGAGUUGGGGCUUUUCUGUUCAAGCUCACUGCCUGAUCUUGCUUUGUCCCUUGAUGGAUAACCUAUGCCCUGGAUUUUACUCAACAAUAUUAACACCCAGCUACAUACACAUCAAUAUAUA